AGCCCUCACUAGCUGGCUAGCAACAUAACAAAGAAUACGCCCUUUACAAACCAACGUCGAAGCUUCGCUCUGUCAGUCAAUGAAAAGUUUGUGAAUGAACACAACAAUCAGCCCCGAUGGAACACCAUGAACAGUAGAACCAUCCUGCGACGAAGACGACACCGCCGCAACCACGACUACUCGAACCAGGACAUCCGGAACGCGAUCGCGCUAAUCCGCCGGCGCCAGUGCUCCAUCCGGCAGGCGGCCCAAGCCUACAACAUCCCGCGUACGACGCUGACCACGUACUUGAGCCGGCUGCAGAAGUUGGUCGUCACCGAGACGAUGCAACCGCACGAGGAGCAAACGCUGCACGACUGGAUGACCGACUGCUGCAAGCGGGGCUUCACGGUGCGGAAACGCUGCGUCGAGGCGGCCGCCGAACUGCUCAUGAAGAAGGGCGGGGGAGCGGCGCGGAAGCAACAACCGUUUGGCGAUGCCGGUCAGUACGAGGCGUUUCUGAAACGGUGGUUGGCGGUGGAGGCGGAGAAGGAGCGCAAGUUUGUCGGGGCCGUUCCGGAUUGGUUCGCGCACAUCGAGGCUUAUCUGGCGGAGACGCACUCGCUGGAGAUUAUGAACGACUCGAGUCGGGUGUUUCUGUGCGACGAGUUCAAGUUUAAGGAGCGGAUGGACAUUCCAAGCAGUAUUAAGGACGCGCUGACGGACGCCAAUAUGCUGUACACGGUGACCGCCGCGGGAGAUGUGUUGCAGCCGUUGAUCGUUUACCCGUACAAGGGCGAAAUCCCGGACCAGAUUGUGAAAGCUGCUCCGAGGAACUGCGCAAUCGUACCGCAGCAGCACGGCACCGUCACGCCAAAGAUUCUGAUCGCAUACCUGAAGAAGGUUCUUCAGAAGUACCUCGAGCAGUGUCAUAUCGCAACGCCGGUGAUCAUGUUCGUUGACGAAUCUCAGAUCGACCCAACAAUGGAGCUGACCUCCACGUGCAAAAAUCUGGGCAUCAUCCUGCUCGGACUGUCCUGCCAGGUUCUGAAACCAACCAUCAAUCUGUUCCGCGGUCUGGCGACCGGUUGGUCUACCGAGGUGAACAACUGGUGUGCAACGGGAGAUGGGCGAACCUUCUCGAUCAUCGAGUGCGCCCGGAUAAUGCAGCUGGUGAACCAACGGUACAUUCAGCGUGAGGAGAUUUGCAGGGAUUUCGGCGACAGUGCGCUGUUUCCGUGGAAUCGAGCGGCAGACUGCCAGGACGAAGAGCAGGAACUGGAGCGGUUUCUGGAGGAUUUCGACGACGACGACGAUGAUGAUGAGGACUACACGAUGGACGAGGACGCGAUGCGGGAGUACAUGGAGGUAACGAAACCGGCGGAAGUUCCAGUUGAAGAAGCUUCUACGCCACCGAUAGCAGCGGACACGAAGAUUUCUCUGAGAUAUGACGAGUUUGAUAAACUGCUCGGGAGUGAAUUGGCCCAAAAGUUGGACAAAGACUUUGGCUCGGCGACGGCGAUGUUUUCCAGCCGGGCAGAGCGAGCAUUGUUCGACAUCUACCGUAGAUUCCGGGAGGCUGCUGGACCGGCUGUGGUUGGGCCGAAUCGUAAGAACGCCGUUAUCGAGGUGGUGGAGAUUAUCGACGACUGAACGACGGGUUUGUAGCAAAUCGUAACAAUUCUAGUCAUUCCAUGAACAAUUCUUGUCAAAAUUGAGUGAAUAAAGUAAGAUAAUAAUAUGGACA